AUACACUCCAUGAAAGUGCACCUAAAGAAAUUUUCUUCUUCUUCUUCUCGCCGCCCCACGGCGGUUCUCUCCGCUGCUGCUUCCAGCUUGCCCUUCCGUUCUCUCAGUUGUCUCUAUUCUACAGUUUUGACAUCACUUCAUGGAGGUGGAGGCGGGCGAGGAACUGAAUUUGUAGGUGGCACUGACGACACCCAUUCCUGGGUAUGUCUCGCUUAUGGGUUCGAGCGCUUUCAGCCGGAAGGAGGCGUUCUGAUUUUGUCUUUGCCCUUCCUGGCGGGUGUACUCCUCCGCCCUACCACAAUCUCAGUUACCCAAUUCCAAAUUUCUCUAGUCUGAGAAUCUCCUUGAAUUCCCUUUUAUGCUCUUCUGCCCCGGGUUCUUUGUCCAACAGCGCCACCUUCACAAGUGGCGUCGAGAGAGCACCGACUGGAUUAAAGUAUCACCUGUUAGUGUCAUGCUUGCGUCCUCCAUCCAUUUGUCAAGGCAGCGGUGGGUUUUGCACAGUAGCCAGAUCAACAGAAGAUAUAUUAUCGGACUCCGCUCAAUGCAAUCAUGAAAUUGUUAAUUUGCGAAAUUCGGACGCUGAUUGUGCUAGGGAUAGGGCUGUUGAUGGGCUGAAGAGGAAGGAUAAGCAUCCAAAAGGUGUGGACUUCACCAAAAUUGAUGCUAACCUACUUCCAACUGUGAUUCUUGUGGGGCGCCCAAAUGUGGGCAAGUCGGCUUUGUUUAACCGCUUGAUUCGGAGGAGGGAGGCUCUGGUGUAUAAUACUCCUGACGAUCAUGUUACUCGGGACAUACGAGAAGGCAUUGCCAAAUUGGGAGACUUGCGAUUUAGGAUAUUGGACUCCGCUGGCUUAGAAAUGGCAGCAUCUUCGGGUUCUAUUCUUGACCGAACUGCAGAAAUGACUGCAAAUGUCAUCGCGAGGUCUCAAUUUGCCGUCUUUCUGAUAGAUGUGAGAGAAGGACUACAUCCCAUGGAUCUGGAGGUCGGAAAGUGGUUGCGCAGGCAUGCUCCAGGAAUCCGUACUAUCCUAGUUAUGAAUAAAUCUGAAUCACUUGAUGGUUCUGGCUUUCUUGCUGCAGCUGCUGGUGAAGCCUAUGCCUUAGGAUUUGGGGAUCCUAUUGCCAUUUCUGCUGAGACUGGACUAGGGAUGGCUGAACUUUAUGAAGCCCUUCAACCUUUGCUUGAGGACUAUGUGCUUCAAAUUGCAGAUGAUGAAGGUAAUCAGAAGAGUAGUUCAUCUGAGGUUGAGGAGUCUAAGUUGCCAUUGCAGUUGGCGAUAGUAGGACGGCCCAAUGUUGGGAAGUCGACAUUGCUUAAUGCUUUAUUACAACAAGAUCGUGUUCUGGUGGGGCCGGAAUCUGGUCUGACAAGAGACUCAGUUAGAGUCCAAUUUCAAUUUCAAGGGCGAACUGUAUACUUGGUUGACACUGCAGGUUGGUUGCAAAGGACAAAGCAGGAGAAAGGCCCAGCUUCCUUGAGUAUUAUGCAGUCAAGAAAAAGCCUUAUGAGGGCUCAUGUAGUUGCUUUGGUCCUUGAUGCAGAAGAGAUUGCAAAAGCUAGAAGCAGCAUGAAGCAUGCUGAAGUAGUUAUAGCAAGACGAGCUGUGGAAGAAGGGCGUGGAUUGGUCGUGGUUGUGAACAAGAUGGAUCUUCUGAGAGGAAAACGCAACUCCAAGCUAUAUGAGCAGGUUAUCAAAGCUGUCCCUGAAGAAAUUCAGACAGUAAUGCCCCAGGUGACAGGGAUACCUGUUGUAUUUGUUUCAGCCUUGGAGGGAAGAGGCCGGAUAUCUGUCAUGCACCAGGUGAUUGAGACUUAUGAAAAAUGGUGUUUAAGGCUGCCAACAGCUCAGCUUAAUCGUUGGCUGCGCAAGGUUAUGAGUAGGCAUUCUUGGAAAGAUCAGGCUGCUCAACCAAAGAUCAAGUACUUCACCCAAGUGAAGGCCCGGCCACCCACCUUCAUUGCAUUUGUGUCGGGGAAGAUGCAGCUCCCAGAUACGGAGAUCAGGUUCUUGACAAAGUCGUUGAAAGAGGACUUUGACAUUGGUGGGAUCCCCAUCCGGAUCAUGCAGCGGUCUGUUCCGAGAAAUGCUAGGGGCAGCAGCGGCAACAAGAGGGGACAAUCUGGUGGAAAAAAGGUUGAGAGACUGUUAUCAGACAAGAGGGGUGUAUUGGCUUAAGAAGGCAGUACUCCCAUCUGAACAUUGAUUACAAGGAUGCGUCUACACGAGCUAGUCACCUGCUGAGAUGAGCUCACCAUCAGCAUCGCACGCCAUCAUUUGGAGCAUUGGCGCAGGUAGUCUGAUGGGUCUGUGUCAUGGCACAGACGUAGGGCGUGGGGAUUCUGGGGAAUGCAUCAUGCAUGUGGCGGCAAUCACGGCGCUUGCUCAAUUCAAACACUUAUUAUAGAUGGUCAAUGGGUUCAGAAUGUGGGUGACCCGUAGCCCAACUAUAGAAUAGAAUAUAAUAGAAUAGAAUGAAGCUUUGACUGGGAGUUUGUGGUGAAACCAAAUCCGUCAGUGAUAGGCGCUGGGGGUUUCCAUAAUUGCCAUUAGUGAGUUUAUUACUAUUUGUGUCUUUCUUUGUGGAGUGGCUGAUUGCGUAUCUGUUUGGAGUGAAUCAUUUUGACUCUACUGUUUGAAAUCCGAAUACUAAUGCCAAAUGGGAUGCAUCCUUUGAAAUGUAAACUGCGUUUAACGUGUCUGAAACAUUCUAGCAGUGAUGAGAGAGAGAGAGAGAGAGAGAGAGAGAGAGAGUCUAUACUCUAGGUUCAUCCCUUAUUUAAUUCGCGUGAAGAAACACUAUUAUUAUUUUAAGCAAUAUAUAAAUAACAGUUGGUAAAUUGUAGUC